AUGAUAUCGUGUGCUAGUAGCCGCAGAAUGACACGAAGCAAGGGUAAGGGCAAGGAUAAGAGCAAGAAGAAGACUGGUAAGAAAAAUGAAUCAGGUUCUGCUCCUAAUCUUCAGAAGCCAGACACUCACGACCCAUUUCAACCUGGUGUAGAAUCAUCAGCUUCCAACCGUUACUUAUUUGGCUCCAAUGAGCCACCUUCCACCAGUCAGUUUGGACAGUAUCGUCCUAACCCCGAUCUCACUCCUUUGAAACUUGAGAAGACGCGUCACUCUUCGUCAGGUUCGGCUAUUUCUCCACCUGAAACUCCACUUCAACCAGGAGAAACCAUCUCAUUCCCGUUUCUUAAUCUCAGAGAAGAUUUGAAGAACAAGAAGGUGAAAAGGUCAAAUCCAAACCGAGCUCCUCGUACUUUUGAUUCUCCACCACGAGAAACUGUGUCUCGCCCGAUCGUUGACAUCGAUGAUGACAUCAGUUCAACCGAUUCGGAUGAAACAAAGGAGGCGACCGAUGUCCCACGUGAUGGUUUAAUCGGGCUUAGUGUGGAGAGGCAGCUCAGUGAGGAAGAAAGGGAGAGGAUAAGGAGAGAAAAAGAUAUGACAAGGGGAGGCAAAUACGUAGGUAACAGAGGAGGGCGUAUAUUCCAAGCUUAUAGUGAUAGUGAAUGA